AUGCGCUCAGGAGGUGCCUCCCAGCCAUCAGGCCGGCCCUUGGGACACAAUCGCACAACAGGCCGCCACACGGGAACAAACCACCAGACCCCUCAGGUCUCCGCCGCAGGCCGAUCGGCAGCGGCGGCAACAGCCGCCACAGCAGCCCCAGCAGCCCCAGCAGCCCCAGCAGCCCCAGCAGUAGCAGCCCCAGCAGCCACAACUGCACCCACUUCCACACAGCGUGUCAGUGUCUCCGCCCAGGACUCACCUAGGGCCCAGUCUCCCAGCACAUCCCCUGACCCCAACCAGGCUGGCAGCAAGGCUCCUGUGGAGCCAGGGGACUCCACAGGUUCCAAGAACAAGCAGGGCCAGAAGACACAGGUGGCCGGCACCUCAGCACCCUCCGAGGCACUGGUCCCCUGUCACUCUGAUUCCUCUCUGGAUUAUUUGUCCGAGUCUACCACGGAGAUCACCUGUAAAUGGCCAGAGUAUAGUCACCAGCUGCGUUGCCCCAGACACUGCUGGCUUUUGCCACAUCUGGCGUACUAG